GCGUGCUCGCACGAGAACAUCACGAAGCUGUUCGACACGUUCGAGGACAACAGCAGCAUCUACCUCGCUCUGGAGUACUGCGACGGGGGCGACUUUGGCGACAAGGUUCGCGAGAGGGGCCUUGCAGCCGAGGAGAAGGAGGUGGCGGAGUGGAUGCGGCAGACGUGUGCCGCCAUCUGUGCCCUCCACGCGAAGAGCAUCUGCCACCGCGACAUCAAGCCGGACAACUUCAUGGUGUCGGCAGAUCCGCAGGCGGGCGUGCUCAAGCUCUCCGACUUCGGCCUGGCCAUCUACCUGCCCAAAG